ACUCCCUAGAAGGAAGACACCCACUGAAACCAGAGGAGCACAUAUGUAAGAUAUCAGCAAGGUCACAGGGCUUGUGGCUCAUUCAAGGUGCUGCAGGGGCUCUGUCUGCUCUGACCUGGGCAGCCUUCCUGGCAAAAUGACACCACUUCUACUCCUGCUGGCCUUUCUGCUGCCUUUGAGAAUGGAAAAGUUCCUGGAUGGAGAGAAGAUGAAGAGGUGUGGUGGUGUCCUGGUGCAAAAGAGAUUUGUACUGACAGCUGCAUACUGCAAGCUCAAUAAGUGUCAUUCUGGGGGCCCACAACAUCCAGAAACAAGAGAAGACCCAGCAGGUAAUCUGUGUGAAGAGAGCCAAUCCACACCCAGAACAAACUCCUAAAACCUUCUCCAAUGACAUUACGCUGCUGCAAGUGAGGCAAAUCUUCCUGCUGCUCUUUCUCUUCUCCUACAGGGUUGUCGAUCCCAGAGGGUCCCUGCUCUUUUCCACCUUGCCCUCAUUGUGAUCUCAGUAUGUAGGUACAGAAGGCAUAGGGUCUAUGCUAGAGGCUAAUUUAGACUAUCCUGAUUAUUCACCAUCAACUGGAAAGAAAGGUCAAGCAGACUAAAGCUGUGCAGCCCCUCAGGGGGCCAUGAGCCAAGAGAAUUCAGGAGACAAAUGUGUGGUGUCAGGCUGGAGAAAAAUCAACCCACUGGGUCCCUUAGCAAGCACACUGCAAGAGGUGGAGCUAACAGUAUAAGACAAACAAAAAUGGCAAUCUUUCAUGCACACCUACUCUACUCUCACUGACAUUUCUGUGGGAGAUCCAAGGAAAACAAAGACUGGUUUCAAGGUAAGGUUUCCAUUGCCUAUAGUUGGAGAACCCAGGGAAACAGGAACUUGGUGGGGAGAUCAUAGUGUCUGUAUCUCAUGCUCUGAGUCCAGAGCUUGAAGGCCUGUCCUCUACAGCAAUGCAGUGUGUAAUCCAUUCCAUGGAUAGAAAGGAGUAGAGGGUGGAGAAAUAGCAGUACACCAAAUUCAGUGUCACCACUGGAGUAUCUCUAGGAUUGCACAAAAAGGUUCAGGUAGGUUAAUACAGGAAAGUAAAGUCAGAGUUAUGGUAGAGCCUCUGUUCUGAAGGAGGGAGCCAGAGGUACCCUGCCCUGAUUGCAUCCUCAGAGUCCCUUGACAGAGAUCAUCCACUGUGGUGAGUUUCAAAAAGCAGCAACAGGAGGUAUAUUCCAUGCGUUCAUUCUCU